UUAAUAUUUUAAAGAUGAAAGGAGUACAGAUGAUGAAAGGUUAAAGCUGAAGGACGUUCUGAGCCAAUGUCAUCACAGGUCAUUACCCCUCUAUAUCAGCAUAGUGUCAACACUGCAGUCAAUAAAGUCCCACAUUAACAGUAUGCAUGCAACAUAUCGAGCGGCUGCCAUACAUCAGGUGACUGACUUUCUGUUUUUAUACCACAGCAUCAUGUAUGUCACAGCUAUGUUUUCAAUUGAUUCUACCAAAACAAACCACUUACAAGAACACUGAAAUGACAAUUUGACAUUAGCAGGGAAGUCCAGUAUAGUGACUCUGAGCCAGUUUUCUUUUUUACCAAUGAUCCACAUCGAUCUUCCUGCCAGUUCCUGUCAGCUAUAGCGUGGCAUUGAUUGGUUUCCGAUGUUACGCAGCCACAUGCGGGCUGCAGCCCAGUAGUCUGUUCUGAACCACAGCAGAGACUUCAACACUGACAUCAACAACCACACAGCGAAAAACUAACACAGAGCAUUUGUUUCACCGGAAUGUGAUGUGUAAAAUGUGAUGCGUGAAUGAUUCGAACACACUUGUCCAGAAAGUGUUUCGACAAAUGGAUAUUUGAACAAUGGCUUAGCGGACAACAAGGAUCUGACUUUCUGUUUCAAAUCAGCAGAGCUUCAUGUCUGAUUCGGACCUAAUGAAGAGUGGAGGACCAGCCCUCAGGAGCCCUGAAUGCCUUUCACCUCCGACCCCGAGGAUGGAGCUGCUCAGCCCCUCCAAGGUGAAGGAUCGCCCUCAGAACGUCACAGAGAAGGUCACACAGGUACUGUCUUUGGAGUCUGAUGUGCUGCCUGAAUACAAACUGGAGGUGCCAGAGACAACCUGGUGGAUCUUGCUUCACUACAGCCCCUUCAAGGCCUUUUGGGACUGGAUUAUUCUGCUGCUGGUCCUUUACACGGCAGUUUUCACUCCUUACUCGGCCGCCUUCCUAUUGGACGAACACGGAGAUUUACGUCAAAGGAGUUGUGGCUACACGUGUAACCCCCUGAACGUGGCGGACCUAUUGGUGGACGUGCUCUUUAUAGUGGAUAUAGUGAUAAACCUUCGAACAACCUACGUGGACCACAACGAUGAGGUCGUCACACAGCCAAGCCGGAUAGCCAAGCACUAUAUCAAAGGCUGGUUCCCCAUCGAUCUGUUUGCAGCAAUCCCUUUUGACCUUCUCAUUUUCAGAUCUGGCUCUGAUGAGAUGGCCACCUUGACAAGCCUACUGAAAACAGCUCGUCUUCUGCGAUUGGUCCGUGUGGCAAGAAAGCUGGACCGAUAUUCAGAAUAUGGUGCUGCCGUCCUCUUCCUGCUCAUGUGCACCUUUGUGCUCAUCGCCCAUUGGCUGGCCUGCAUUUGGUACGCCAUCGGCUUUGUGGAGAGGCCAUACACGGAGACCGGUUGGCUGGACAACUUGGCCGAACAACUAGGAAAAACAUACAACGACAGCGACUCCACAUCAGGUCCGUCGGUCAAAGACAAGUACGUCACUGCUCUGUACUUCACCCUGAGCAGUCUGACCAGCGUCGGGUUCGGGAACGUCUCUCCGAACACCAACUCUGAGAAGAUCUUCUCCAUCUGCGUCAUGGUCAUUGGAUCUCUAAUGUAUGCCAGCAUAUUUGGGAAUGUAUCUGCCAUCAUCCAGCGACUGUACUCCGGUACGACCCGCUAUCAUACCCAAAUGCUACGAGUCAAAGAGUUCAUCCGCUUCCACCAAAUCCCUGGUAGUCUGCGCCAACGGCUGGAGGAAUAUUUUCAGCAUGCCUGGUCCUACACAAAUGGCAUUGACAUGAAUGCCGUGUUGAAGGGAUUCCCUGAGUCUCUGCAGGCAGACAUCUGUUUGCACUUGAACCGAUCCCUGCUGCAGAACUGCAAGGCUUUCCGUGGAGGCAGUCAAGCCUGUCUGCGUGCCUUAGGCAUGAGGUUCAAGACAGUCCACGCUCCUCCAGGAGAUACUCUGAUCCACUAUGGAGACAUCCUGGACUCCCUCUUCUUCAUCUCACGUGGUUCCAUCCAGGUCAUCAGGGAUGAUGUGGUUGUGGCCAUAUUAGAAAAUAACGACAUCUUUGGUGAGCUUAUACAUCUAUAUGAUGAGCCAGGGAAGUCCAGCGCAGACGUACUCACCAUCACCUACUGUGACCUGCACCGAAUCCCGAGGGACGACCUGCUUGAGGUCCUGGACAUCUACCCGAGCUUUGCAGACAACUUCUGGAGCAACUUGGAGAUCACGUUUGACCUGAGAGAUGCUGAUCAAGUACCACCAAUUAUAACAACUGAUGAUUCUGGUGAUGACUGUGGAUAUCGCCACAAACCGCGACAAAGAAUGCACUGCAUGGACUGCAGAAUUAGGCCAGAUGGAAUUGAUCACGAAGACUCGUACCCGCUUCAAUCCUUCCAUCACUCACCUGCUGAGGCCCGCUGGGAGGAACGCUGCAGCUGUGGCUCCAUGUGUUCCCAGUCAAGUGAGGACAUGGAAAAAUCUUUUUGCCAUGGUGCCAAAGUAGAGCUUUGUCCUCCAGAAGAUGCCAGACGGGACUAUUCUCCUUCUGUAGUGCAGCUGCUGUCGCCAAGUGGCACCUCAGUAGGGAGGGAUGCAGUGCUGGACCGGGGCCACCAAGCUUCCUCUCUGAAUGUGCCGGGAAUGUAUCGAUACUGGCCUGACCAACAGUCACCACAGUUUUCCAGUCGCGCCUGGCGAUCUUCCUCUAUCCGCAACUCAUACCACCCACCACCAUUCACAGAAGAAAGGCCCAGCGAGCUCGAGUCUCGACUUGAAGUUCUGCAUUCACAGCUCAACAGACUGGAGACUCGCAUGACGGCCGACAUCAACGUUAUUCUGCAGCUUCUCCAGAGGCAGAUCACUCCUGUACCUCCAGCUUACAGCACUGUAUCAUCAACUACCCUCUCUACUGAUUCACCUGGUCUGUAUGGGACUGGAACUCCAGUGUUACACAGCAUGUAUCCCCUGUCUCCCAUCCAGAUGGACAGCCGGGCACCUACACAGAGCUCAGACCAGACUGACCUUAAAUUCACCAAGAAGUCCCAGGACUCCCUGUCCAGCGGUAUCCAUGCGACUGUGGCUUCUGAUGACACCGUGUUCAUGACCGUCACCCCUGAAACUGACACCCAUCCAGGGUUAGUUCCACAGUUGCCCCAGCCAUCAGUCAAGUCCUCACUCAUGGCCAACUCCAGGCCUUGUGGGAACCUCCGCUACCCCUCGCUGCCAGGAAAUCUGGACAUCACCUCAGGACUGGCUGAGAUCCAGAAACACCUCUCAGAUCCUGUGCUGCCUGUAAUCUGAUGGACAACAUGACUUUCAUAGUAGUAAUUCUUUGCUACUCAAAGACAUUUGGAAGGAGUUCACCUCUUAGCCUGCAAAGACUCAACUAUCAUUACACAUCUGGGCUGCAAGUAGUGUCUAAACAUCCAGAUAGUGCUUACCAACAGGGAUUUCCAUUACACACUGCCCCUCUGAAGAUCUCCCCUCCAGAACAUUACUUGAUAACAGUUACACUCCGUUGAAUGAAUCAAACAGUUAUCAUACUUUUAAUGGACUAAAGUGUAAUUUAUGUGCAUGCAACUCCGUAAUUUUCUUUACACAUUGUUUUACGAUUUUUUGUUGCAUACCAGCACAGUAACUUUCCAACCCUGUUCUUCCUGAUCCUGUUUAAAUCUUAAUUUCCCUUACAAUCCGGAACAGAGAUCCAACCCAAAGACUAGAGCCUGACUGACAUAGAUAAUCUUUUCUUUGUUCAGAUCACAAACAUAUUUUUAAAUUAAAACACACUAAAUUUGGUUAACUUUUUCUAAAUUACUGCCAACAUAUCUCAGGCAUUUCUUUACUAUAUUUGUUACUCAUUGGCUACCUGACAAUAUGUGAAAAUAAAUCUAUGAAGAACUGAAUUCAUGAGCCCCAAAAUGAAAUAGUUGCAUCAGAUAUGACCCUUGUUCAUUAAUAUGUCUUUUAUCUCCAGUCCCAAUCCUGGCAUCACAACAGAACUCUCAGCAUUCAUGAUCUGACAUCUGAACUACAUUUUCUGUGUAACAGAGAUUAACAGAGAUCAUGGAUGACGUACUUCAGCAAGUGUUUCCUCAGUAUGUUACAGUAACUGGAAGAAUACACUGUUCCAACCUAUCAUUUCUAACUGUAAAUCUGUACUAUAGAUUAUCAAUGUGUUAAUGAGUCACCUCUCAGUGAAAUAAUUUAAACUGUUGUCAAAAUAUAAAACUUUUGUGUUAUAGUAUAAACUGUGUGGGACUUUUUAUUUCUGUAUAAAAUGAAUUAACAUUGCCAUGAAUAAAAUUACUGGUGCAGAAAUGACACCAAUCUGUA